AUGGCAUCUUCCUCUUCAUCCACGCAUAGUGGCCGCUUCCGGCGCGGGCUGUCCCUACGGCUGAAUCGGUUUCGCCGUAAAAAUCGGCCUCAUUCGGACGAUACCAGUGCUCAAUCACCUCAAAAAACCGGUAGAGCCGCAAACGUGGUACACAAUACCAACCCGCAACCAUCCAAUCAAGCAGACGACGCGUCUAUAGAGAAUUCCACCAAUCGGUCGUCCGUAGGUGAUGACAUUAGCAGUGUGGCUGUCACCUCAGAUCUUUGGAGCGCAGCCUAUCGUGAAGCAGUCGAGAGUCUAGGUAAAGACAUAGACGUUGCUAUUCUCGUAGGCAGCAAUGCCGCGCAGCUUUUCAAGGAACUUGAGGAGUUGGACAAAGAGGCUUCUAAGGAUUCGGCCUUCGUACGCGGUGUGGCAUACCUACGCUCUAUACAAAUACCGCUCGAAAGGUUCAAGCUGGCGUUAGACCUAGCAUCUCCACUGAGCACUAUGGAGCCAGUAGCGACAACUGUUAUUGGGGUGGUCAGAAGUGUGACAGCUAUUGCCAUAAGCUUCGCAACCGCUGACUUGGAGUUUGCAAGACAAAUUGGGGAAAUGCUGGAACAGAUCUCUUACAUUGACGACUGUGAUACACUGGGCCAGAGAGCCAGCAGGACAGACGUCCACAAGGCGCUCGUGCCUGUGUACCAGAAAAUUUUAGAAUUUUACCAAGUCGCACACGAAAUUCUCACCAGGAGAGGAGCCAAAUUGGCAAUGAAGAUGAUUUUGGAGACCGACCGUUUGCCAAACAUUGUCCAAGAGUUCUUGAAACAUGCUGAUACUCUUCGAAAACUUGUGGAAAAGGCAACAUGGGAGAUCGUUGAGGACAUUAAGACCAUGCUCUACGACCGUGAAAUUGCCAGGUGGCUUGAUAGUGGCAAGAUGAAGCUGCAGAGUCGAUACCAUUCACGUUUGCAGGAUCUUCGAACUGAUGAGGCUUGUGAAUUCCUGCUCUCACACCCAAACUUCACCAACUGGUUUCGUGCCCCCAAUUCGCAGUCGUUAGUGAUUCUUGGUGAGAUGGGCAGUGGAAAAACGGUUGCAAUGGCAUUCCUUGUAGACGAGCUGCGUCGAAGAAAUGAGCACCAACUACCUCAGCCCAAGAUAUGCUAUUACUACUGCCGAGACGACGAGACGGGCCAAGCCGUCCACAUAUUCUCUGCAUUGAUUCUAGCGCUCCUUGAGCAGCUUUCUGGUCUGAAGAAAACAUUCUACGAAUGGUAUAAAGAAAACCAGGCCACUGGACUCCUUCAGCCAGCAACAAACACAAGGAAACUGGAAGAGUUCCUGGAAAAGGUUUUGAAAACACUGGAUCGCCCACUCUUCAUCGUUAUCGAUGGGCUCGACGAGUGCGAUAGAGAAUCACGUACGACCGUUCUCAAACUGUUGAAAAAUUUAUCGCAGAAGACUCCACGUCUCAAAAUCGCGCUUUCUUCCCGCCCCGAAGAAGAGAUUCUUGAACAGCUUGACGAAGCGUUUAGGGUUGAAAUUAGCUCUGACGCUCAGAGAGAUGCCGUCAUCGUUCGUCAUACAGUCGAGAGGCAAUUGUCCUAUCUGUCGGCAGAUGUCAGAGCGCUUGUCAUAGAGACACUCUCUCGUUUGGCGCAACGAAGUGCCAUAUGGACGAAGAUGGUAGUUGAGCUCAUUGAAGUUCGUAAAAUUAGAGCGCUUGGCCCGAUGCGACUUUUUCUAGACGAGAUACCUUUGCCCGGGCAGCUCUCAAACCUAUACGUCAGUUUGCUUUCACGAAGCUCUUCAAAUGAUCCUGAGAAUCGAGAGCUUUCCGUUCUGGCUUUGAAGCUUCUCGCUGUUGCGUGUAGACCUCUAAGCAUACAAGAGCUCGCAUGGGCUGUGGCGCUUGCUGCAGUUCAACAUGAAGUCACCACCGUGACUGCACUUGGCCAGCUAGUAGACCAUCAAAGGGUGAUGAGUCUGAUUCACCCCUUCAUCACUCGCAUCGACUUCACUGAUGUAAAAAAACGCCAAGUCCAACUCGCACACCAAUCAGUGAGGGAAUUUAUUACAUGGGAAUGGCCUCGUCUGCAGAGCUCCGCUACAUCAACAGCACCCGAUCAAGCAAUCACGCCUCCUCACAUCGAGAAUCUAGAGGCGUUCAUAUUAGAUAUUUGCAUUGAAUAUCUCCUACUAGAUGAAAUUGGGAGCUGCCCCUUGUUUUCUGGAGAGCAAAUUGCAAUCAAUGAGCUUCCCCAAGAAAUCGACCUAUUCAACGACAGAGAGACAUUCGAGUACGAUCGGUAUUGCACAUGGGAAACCUGGGAAGAGACUAUGAUACGCUAUGAUCCGACCGAGCGGGGCUUCGGUGAAUUCUUCGUUUACGCAGCAAGCCAUUGGGUCAAGCAUUUCGGCGCGAUCGAGAAUGGAACCCUUCCAUCACUAGCAAAGAUAGAGAGUCUAUGUCAUGCGGGUUCAACUCGGCUUCACAAUUGGAUCAAUCAGAACUGUCGCCCAGGCUGCACAAUCAAGGCCAGGUUUGAGUUUGACAGUCAUUUGUAUGAUCCUCUCAGCAUCACCUCGCUUUAUGGCUCCGAUGCUAUCCUCCGCGAUAUACUUAAGAACUCGAACUUCGGCACGGCCAAGUACCUCCCAUUCCCAGCCAUACGGGCGGCUGAUCAAAUUCUGCAGUGGGGUGAUUUGUCCAGGCUCAGGAUGCUCUUCUUGGAAAGCCAAGUCAGCCACCAGCUUCGUAACCUUGAAUUUUUCGGACUCAUUAUAAAACGAUGGGCCGAUUUUGGGCCGCGCCAUGAUAAUUGGGAAGUGGCUUUCGACCUGGUCGAUUGUGUGUCGGACACACUCGUUGAGGAGCAAUGGGGCAGUGAGCUUUUAUGCACCGCUGCUCGAGCCGGCUGUUUGCCCGUUAUCCAGCGUUUGCUAAAUCAAGCGCAGCAAAAGGCAGAUCUUAGGACUGAAUUGCUGCGUGGCUUUCAAUCGAUCGGGGAGGCUGUAUUGGGAAACCAUGUUGGUGUAGUAGAGUAUUUGCUCGAGGAAGAAGGCUUUGAAGCGCACCUUGAGUACCUAAACUCCCAUGGUGAGAACGUUCUGCAUAUGGCAUCGGGACGCUGCAACCCAGCGAUGUUCCGCCUUUUGGUCCCCGGUCUACAGAUGGCUAUUUAUCAGAUUGACAAUCAGGGGAACACGGCCCUCACGCGGAUUAUUAACAGCAGCUCGGCUUCACAGGACCGGUACGAGUCGGCCAGAAUACUACUUUCGUAUGCCGACGCCAAUGGGAAUGGCUACAUUGUGGAAGAGCAGCAGGACCCCUUGCAGGUCGCUUUGCAGCUUGGCGAUGUUGAGAUGUGCCGCCUUUUGAUCUGUGAAGGCAGAAUUAAUCCACUCUCAGCUUUGACACGUGGCCGCGACGGACAGUUGGUUAUGAAAAUUAAGCCUUGGGUAAAUGAGGAAGCUAUACUGAGCUUGCUACGAAAGCAUGCAGAGAGUACAUAG